UACCUGUACCCCACCGUUCAACAGACCGAAGAAGAGGAAAUAACUCCAGUAAGAAACAAGAGCGCGAGCUUGUAACAUAGCGCGAUAUGAAGCUUGUGGUUAUUUUGUUUCUAGCCGUGGUACUGGCAGUAAUAUGUACUGCAGAUGCAGACACGCACCACUUAGAUUUUGAAGCAGAUUCCCACCAAUCCAGCGGGGGUGGGGUAGACAACAAAAGUGGGAAAAAGUACAGUGACCAUAAACACACCAAAAAAUCCGGAAAGAGAUCGAAACAUAAUGAGGUAAAGGGAAGAAAAGGGAUUGACUAUAAAGAACUUCAAAGUGUAGAAGAUGAGGAAGGAGGCGGCAAGAAAACAAAAUUUCACACUCAGGGUACCCACAAAUCAUAUAAAAAGUCUGGUGGUGGUUCCGCUCAGGGUCUUAAAUAUGAAGAGAGCUCCGAUCACAAGAAAAAUAAUCUUAAGAAGGGAUUCAGGGAAAAAUAUCACAAAGACGAAAAGAAAAAUCACGACAGUUUUUUCAGCAAUUCCCACAAGAGCGGUGAAUAUAAAGUAUUUGGUAAGGGACACGAAAAACACUCAGCUAAAACCUCAGCGAAGAAACAAGGCAGUAGCCGUAAGAAAGGGAAGUCUGAAAGAGCUCACGCGAAAUCAGCCAAAAAAGUUGGAGGCCACAGUGUAGUGGAGAAGAAAGGACAUCAGCAGAUCAAAGGAUCUAAAGGCCAGCAUAGCAAGGCAGCAAGUUCAGGGAAGAAAGGGGGAAACAGCGGUGGUAAACAGCACCAGUAUGAGACUCGCACUCCAGACGGUCACAAAUGACUUCGUUGAAAUAAUUAAAUGGUACAACAAACAUAUCGCUAGAAAUCCUAGCAGUGUUGAUUAUUUAUUGUUAUAAUUGUAUGUUUAAUUGAAAUUCAAUAUUUUUAUAUUACAAUGAACUUAUAGUUUAUUGGUAGAAGUGUAAAAUAAGUUUUAAGAUUAGUUUAGGUAAUAAAGAUACUCUUUUUCCUACUCCA